GAAACGAAGCUGCAGGCUCCCUCCGCCGCUGCUGAAGCCAGAGCGCCUCAGAGGACCAUCAAGCUCUCAGGUGUUUCUGCACAAACCCGACCAGAACCCAGCAGAGAUUGGACUGAAGAUGGGAUCUUUUUACAACACCAUGGAUGAGCAGUCCUGCUCAGCAGCCAGGCUGUGACAUCACACACACUGUGAGAUGGAGGAUUCUGUUUCCACUCGGCAGGUUUUUGGCGUUGCAUCAGAGAAGAAGACGGCGAAGAAGAGGAGGAGGGGGAGGAGAGAGCAGAGCAGAGCGGCAGGCGGAGUGGAGCAGCAGAUUAACAGAUGAGCAGGGAACCUGAUCACUAACUGGAGUGAAGCGAUCGAUAAGGGCGACAGGCGGCACGGCUGUCUUCAGGAGGACAGAUGGAGAACGGGGAGAACCUGCUGAGUGUUUGUGUUCUGCUGCUGCUCAUCACUCAGGUGGGUCCCUCGACCCCUGAGGAGGGCUGGCAGGUGUACAGCUCGGCGCAGGACUCUGACGGCAGGUGUGUCUGCACGGUCGUGGCUCCUCAGCAGACCGUCUGCUCCAGAGAUGCUCGAAGCAAACAGCUGCGGCAGCUGCUGGAGAAGGUGCAGAACAUGAGUCAGUCCAUCGAAGCUCUGGACCAGCGGACUCAGAAGGACCUGCAGUUUGUGGAAAAAAUGGAGGUCCAGCUAAAGGGUCUGGAAGAGAAAUUCCAACAAGUGGAGGACGGACAUGAGAGCAACAAUGUCAGACAAUUCAAGUUCAUCAAAGCAAAGAUGGAGGAGCUGCGUCCUCUCAUCCCAGUUCUGGAGGCCUACAAAGCAGAUGCUUUGCUGGUCCAAAGGUUCAAAGAGGAAGUGGCCAAUGUGACAGAGCUCUUGGGACUGCUCCAGGAGCAGCUGGGGGGUCUGGACUACCAGGAGCUGCACGGGCGGGUGAUGAACCUGGAGGAUCGGUUGAGGGCCUGCAUGCAGAGGCUGGCCUGUGGGAAGCUGACGGGAAUCUCUGAGCCCGUCACCAUCAAGACUUCUGGGUCCAGGUUUGGAUCGUGGAUGACUGACCCACUGUCGCCAGCCGGAGACACCAGGGUGUGGUACAUGGAUGGUUACCACAACAACCGCUUUGUAAGGGAGUACCAGUCCAUGUACGACUUCAUGAUGACGGAUAACUUCACCUCUCACCGCCUGCCUCACCCCUGGUCUGGAACCGGUCAAGUGGUUUACAAUGGGUCCAUUUACUACAACAAGUUUCAGAGCCACACCAUCAUCAAGUUUGACUUCAGCACGUCGCUCAUCAGCCGCACCCGACAGCUGGACUUUGCCGGUUACAACAACAUGUACCAUUACUCUUGGGGAGGGCAUUCUGACAUCGACCUCAUGGUGGAUGAGGGUGGGCUCUGGGCCGUGUAUGCAACCAAUCAAAAUGCUGGCAACAUUGUCCUCAGCCAGCUUAACCCCAACACAUUACAGAUUAUCCGCAGCUGGACCACCAACCACCCCAAACGCAGUGCCGGCGAGUCCUUCAUGAUCUGUGGAACUUUGUACGUCACUAACGGAUACUCUGGUGGAACCAAAGUGUACUACGCCUACUCCACCAACUCCUCCACCUACGAGUACAUUGAUAUUCCUCUCACCAAUAAGUAUAGCCACCUUUCCAUGCUUGACUACAACCCCAGAGACAGGGCUCUUUACGCUUGGAACAAUGGCCACCAAGUCCUUUAUAAUGUCACGCUUUAUCAUAUAAUCCAGUAAGGUGUAAAACCAGUGCAGCUCUUCACAGCGGCACUGCUCUAAACCUGAAAUGAUUGGAAUUUAAGACCCCUCCCAAGGAUUCUGGGACAUAGCCUUCACCCGUUAAUGGAGAGAGCAAACCAAUCAGGUCAACCCGUGUGCUUCCAGGAGCGAGGGAGGUUAGUGUUAGGGUUCGGUCCAGAACUUCACCGCAGGCAUGAUCUGCUAGUUUAACCCUUUAACACAGGACGUUCUCGUGACCAUCGUGACGCUUCAAACAUGUACACAUUUAACGUUAUUCCAGUGGAUUCUGAAGCAGAGAAAAGCAACUUUGCAUGGAUGUGCAACACUGUGUUGCAUGUCGGCUCCAAGCCAAUUUAAAAAGCUGCUUCUCUUCGCCUCAGAAUCAGCUGAUUCACGUUGAUGGCGUGAACGGUCAAGGAGUGGCGGUAUGUUGUUAAAGUGUUAAUUGAACCAGUCGUCCAAAAGUUUCUGAGUCAGCCCUCUUGUAAAUGUGGACAUUUUCAGCACACUGCAGAAAUGUUUGCAGACUCUCACAUUCAUGAGUGCAAUAGUACGAACGCACAAUCAGACAUGAGCCCGACAAUGGAAAUGAGUAUAGCAUGCCCCCCAUGCAGACGACUGCUACACUUGUAUUAAAGGAAGGCAGGGAUUUCUCUGCAAAUGGAGGAAGCUAGUGCUAAUGCUAACCUACUGCUUCUUGAUCUGGAUCAAAUCAAAGACCUCUCUCGGUCCUGGAACGCCACACUGAGUGCUGGACUGUUAACUUCCUGUGUGACUGCCUACUUCUACGAAACGAAUGUGAGGUUUAUUUCUAAGCACCUGCAGAGAUCUUUGUCACAAAUACCUGAAACACCUGCAACCAGACGGUCUCGCAGACGGAGGCAGAACCCUAAACUUUUUAUGAUAUAUUUUGUCAGUGGGUGUUUUUUAUCACCUUACAAAAGGUAGUAUUUACUCUGACCUACAUAUGAUAGCAAUGUCUUUUCUUACUGUUGUGUAUCGAGUAGCAAUACAGACUGUUUUUCUCUUUUACAGUAGAUUAAGCAAUCAGCCUGAGACUCUUCCCUCCAUCUUUUUUCCCCCAAAAUAUCACCACACAGCUUUCUGAUUAAUUUGUCCCAUUUGUUGCUGCUACUAAACACCAACUGGGUUUCUUAUUCUGAUGAGAAACUUGAGAAGGGUUUGUCAUACUUAACCCUCCUUCCAGCUUCCCUCCCUUAAAGGAUCACGUUCGUUGGAGAUCCAAAGCUUCCUCGACGUCUCAGGUCGGAAAGUGGCGAGUCUUUCACUCCGGUGGGCCUCUGAAGCCCUCCGUCUUCAGGUCAGGCCUCCCUCAGCCACCAUCAGAGUUUACUGGCUGUGCUGUUGUUUGAGCUUGCAUGUAAUCAUUAUUGUGCUGUACGAUGAAUUCAGUAUUGAUGUGUGUGCCAACACGCCGAUAUGGAAACGCUCUGACAUGACUCGCAGCCUGUUCUGGUGACAGAAUCUUCUGAACUUUAAGGCUCUUUGUCAUUCGUGGUACUUAUGUUGCAGCAUAGCUUCACUCAGAUCACAGGUUUAUGUAAAUGGUAUGUGACUGUGACUAUAAGACCACAAUAAUACACGAGUGUGUGCAAACAAAGUAAAAAAAAGUACAAAUGUUUGUACUUUGUAGACAGAUUUGUAAUGUGUUAGAUGUGUUUUCUUUCAGACAUUCAUACCUUAAGCUUUAGUUUGAAGUAAAUGAGUAUUAUAUGUUGUUGCUGACAGGAGGAGUUUCCUUAUGAACAGACUGCACACGGUACCUUCACCUUUACCGUGUCACAGCUACUACGUACAUUUUGUGCAUAUUGAUGAAAACUGGUCAGACAUGGAUUUACGUGGAAAAAGUGAGAAAAUUUGUGGUCGUUAUGUGAAAUUUUCACAGAUGUAUCAGGAAUGAACCACGUUAACCUGUAGAAGAAGUAGGAAUAAACCACGCAAAGAACACGUAAACCAACGUAGAACAUGAACCGUGUGAUUAUUGUGCUGUUUAUCAGAAAUUCAUUAGUGAUUCGUGCAUCAAUUACUUAAUUUUGGCAUAUGUGCGCCGUAUACGUGAUCUAAAAGUUAUACAUUGGUGGUUCAUGCGUGAAAAGUCUGUUAGACAAACGUAGAACGAUCCUGGAAAGACACAAAUUUGUAUACGCAUCUCGCAAAACUCACGCACAAUUGAAGACCUCAUAAUUGCGUAUAAACUACGUAAAAUAUGCGUAAACUGCGUCAUUUUCAACCGACCAAAAAUCCUGAACAGCUCAAACUUGAAUUCACGUAUAGAGCCAUCGGCUGAAACCCUCAACGGACAUCUGAGCACAUUGACAAAUGCAAGAAACGCUUAUGAAUUACAUAUGUCACGCAUGGAUCCCGAAAGACGGAAAUUUAACACGUGGAAAAUGUACAGAAUGUAGGUAGUGGCUGUGUGACACCGCCUUCUCCUUUUUAUUUUUAGGUUUGGGGUUUAAAAACAAAAAUGUAUAUUCUCAUUGGAGACCAACACUGACGAUCAAGAAAGUGUGACUCUAGUUCAGAUUCAUCCAGAUAGAACUUGAAAAACAAGAAACACCCAAAGAGCUUCAGCAGACUCCACAGGAUGACAGUAAAAAACAAAAAAUCAAUGUAAAAGACGAGAUGUUAAUAUAAACGGAUGGAAGCAACACAGAAAACGCAAACUAAUAGACACUCAUCAUGUUAAAACAAAAAGAUCAAAAGAAAAGCUUCAGUCAUCAGAACGAUCACACAACUGUCCUUCAUGAAAUGAAUCACCUCAUUUUUGAAACAACAUGAGUGAUGUUAGAGUUCAUAACGAUAAAAGCCAAGAAAUAAUAACCUGCAAUAAUUUUUACUCACAUAACCAAAUACUUUUUUAGUCAUUUUAAAAUCUGUCUUAAAAAGUGUUUUUACUGCAUUUCUUUGAGAUUUAUGAAAAAAAGCCAGUAGAAUUGGUCAAUCCAGCCCUGCUUACACUCACACCCAUGUACAUAUACACACAAGCACAAACUCACACACAUAAUAUCUUUUACAUCAAAUCUCCAUCUUUGCACUGGUAGUAAUGAGAUAAACAGAAGAAUGGUUUGAUUCUACAGCUUGAAUGUAAAGUGUCUAGAGUUCAUCAGCACAAAGUUGUGCAUCAAUACAGGAGUGUUUAUUCGUUUUUCUUUCUUCUGUGGUCGUUCAGGAGACCUACAGCUUCCCUGUUAGUCAGGACGAGACAGCCUGACCUGUAGAGGAGGUGGUAACGUGGUGGAGCUCUGGUGCUGCCAGGUGACUGUGCAGCAGCGGCUUUGUGGUUGUGGGGUUGCCUACGAUUCUGGAAUUUGUAUUAGAGAAUUAAUAAAGCUGUGCGGCUGUUGCUGGAA